AUGGGGGACGGAGGCGGCGGCCGCGGCUGCGGGACCACCAGGGAGCUGCAGAGGCGGAAGCAGCAGGCGCUGGAGUACUACCGGAAGAACGACGUCCCGCGCAGGCUGGAAGAGCUGCUCAACGCCACCUUCCACCUCCAGCCCGCCGACGUCUACGGGCACCUGGCAAACUGCUUUUCUAAAUUGGCGAAGCCACCCACCAUCUGCAGAGUGGUGGGGAAACAUGUGCUGGAUGGCCUGGGGCUUCCCACCCUCCAGGUGGGAGUAUUCUGCACCAUUCAGAACUUCCCCAAGCACAUUUGUUCUGUGGUGAUGGCGACUCACUUUGAAGUCCACGAGAACGCGGUGCCCGAGCUCGCUGAAGCGGUGGAGGCAGAGAGGUUGGAUGCCGUCGGCAUUGCUGUGCAGUGGGUCAACGAGACCAUCACCCAGGAGCUCCAGGGCCUAGCGCCCUCCAGCCAGGCAGAGGUGGACCAGGUGCUCAGGACGUUCUUUGAAAGAAAAGUGCAAGAAGAUAAGGAGAGAAAAGAAUUGGAAAAGAACCUGGAAAACUUAGCGCUACAGCUACCUUCAUCCCUGAUGCUACCACCACAACCAACUCCUCCUCCACCUCUGGCAAAGAAAAAAGGACAGAAGCAAGGUCGGAAGACUUCUGUCAUGGAGAAACCUCUUCCUCCUCUGGAACCUGUUGAGCCUGUGCUCUGUGGCAGCAUGGCCAUAGGGGCGGUGUCACUGGCCGUUGCCAGAACCAGCGCCUCGCUGGACAGUCACCCUCUGUACUUCAGUAUCGCAUCCCUGAAGCACCAGGAGAAACCAGCAAAGCUAACAAUUCCGUUGCUAAUGGUAUCUCUGGUCUGCUGUGGGAAGUCAUCGCCUGGGAAACUGAACUUGAUGAAAGAAGUGAUUUGUGUACCCCAUCCUGGAUUAAUGGCUAAACAAGGUUUGGAGAUGCUUAUAGGAAUUCAGAAACAAAUAAUCAAGACAAUUGAAGCGCCCCCUCCUCCAAAAGCAGAGACUAAGAAAGGGCAUAAUGGAGGCAAAAGAGGUCAGCAGCCCGUCACUGGCAAGAUGUCCCAUCUGGGCUGCCUGACCCUCAAUUACGACACCAUAGAGCAGCCCCUGCUCCUCAUACAAGGGAUUUGUGCGAACCUGGGGCUGGAACUGGGGACGAAUCUGUACCUGGCCAUCAACUGCGCUGCGCAUGAGCUGGUGGACUAUAAUAAGGGGAAGUAUGAAGUGAUGUCGGGAACGUACAAAAGCACCACUGAGAUGGUCGACCUGUAUGUGGAUCUGAUCAGCAAGUUCCCUUCAAUCAUCGCCUUAAUCGAUCCUUUCAGGAAAGAGGACUCGGACCAGUGGGACAGCCUCUAUAAUGCUCUUGGUUCCAGGUGUUACAUCAUAGCGGGAAGUGCCUCCAAAAGCAUCCCCCAACUUCUAGAGGAAGGCAGCAUCCGCACGCCCAGAUCCAGCGGGCGGAUCCUAACACACACCAACCAGACGACCGUGUCUGACUUGGUGGCCAUAAGCAGCCUCCUGGCCAGUAAGAAGCACGUGGCUGUGUUUGGAUGCAUGGAUGGGGAGUCUUCUGAUGACAGCCUCGUCGACCUGGCCGUUGGACUGGGUGUCCAGUUUAUCAAGUUGGGAGGUCUUUCUCGCGGAGAACGGGUGACCAAGUACAACCGCAUUUUCGCUAUAGAGGACGAGCUUGUCCAGAACGGAACGCUGGGUUUCAAAGAAGAACUCACCUUUGUCCAGCUGAGCGAGGAAGAAGAAAAGAUUGCUGAGGAGCCGGUGGCCGAGGCUGUCCUGGCUGGUGAGCUGCCCGGGCGCCCAGAGCCCAUCUUCCCCACGGAAGUCGUACAGGAACCAACCUGA